AUGAGCGCCGCGCCCGGGCGCUUCGACGCGCUGCUGACGCAGCUGGCGCAGCAACACGGCGGCGUGGAGUCGCUGCUGGACUCGUUCUUCGACUUCCUGCACCGCAAGACGGACUUCUACGCGGUCUCGAGCGACCCGGGCAAGCACAAGAUGGGCUUCUUACCUGGUCAGGCCGAGCGGAAGGUGCUCGCGGCCUUCCGCAACCCGACGGCCAAGAAGAUUGAGGAGGUCAAGCCACAGCUGACGGACGACGGCAAGCAAGUGCCAGUGGGGAACGGUGGAGUGGCUGCUAAUUACACUUGGACGCAGACGCUGGAGGAUGUUUCGAUUCAGAUGGAGUUGCCGCAAGGCACGCGUGCGAAGGACCUGGACUGUCGGAUUGAGUCGACGAGGCUACGGGUGUCGAUGAAGAGCGAUCCGAGCAAACCGUUGCUGGUAGGAGAGCUGGUGGAGAAGAUCCGAGCUGAUGAGAGCAUUUGGUCGCUGGAGAGCAACCAUACGCUGAACAUUUCGCUGGAGAAGAUCAAGCCCACGUGGUGGGCGAGUGCGCUUAAAGGAGGACCGGAAAUCGACACGAGCCAAGUCGACUCGCGACGGAACAUCCAGGAGUACGACGAGGCUACACAGGGCGCCAUCAGGAAGGCUGUGUACGACCAGCGGCAACAGCAACUGCACGGUGCAAUGCCGCUCACACCUGGAGAGAAGAUGAUGCAGGAAGCGAAGGACCUGCCUGGGUCGCCUUUCCUUCCGCCUGCGCCGCAGAGUUGA